AUGGCGUGUCUUGACGGCCUAUGGUCCUGCUGGCCGUGGGCAAGUUCCCGCGCCACUUCGUGUGUUCCGCGGGGGCCUCCCUCGCUGUAUUCCUCACAGCAGGCCACCUGUGACUUUGUCGGAGCGCUUCCGACAACCCCUCGGUCAGGAGACUGCAUCGCACCAGCAGCAACAUGGACCAACAGCCAAAGGCUCUCUGGCCAGACAGCGCUGCCGUCGUCAGACGACCUUCCGGAGGAUUGGGAUGACGACGAGGAUUGGCCAAGCAUUUCCGAAGAAAGCAUGCGCGCUUUGGAGGCAGAUUUGGACGAUGGCGACUGCCAGGAACUUGGGUGGGACAACGUGUACCGCAGAGUCCCACAACACGAGGAGAGUUUGAAGUUUCCGAACCCGGAGACUUGGAGCUCCAACAAUUUCGAGGAGACUGAGCGAUGCAGUACUCCAAAGGCCUGCGGUUGGGACCGUCUGUGUCCUGGGUUGACGCUCCAAAUCUCGUCCUAUUUGGAUGUGCAUGGUUUGCGCGCAAAGCGGGCUACAUCUGUUUCAGAAUCCUCAACGAAGGCCUUCGUCGCUCAACUUGUCGACCUUCUUAAGCCCGAGAGGCCCGAAGUGCUGGAGGAAAUUGCAAAAAUCUCUCGCAAACUUGAAGAAGAGAAGCAGAAGCCUACUGCAAUUGUCCAUUACAACUUUGUUUUUACUGCUGGACUUCAAGGCUAUUGUUGCAUUUUCAGAUCUGGAACAAAGGUAUUGAACAGAUGGUGGGAUUGCAACGCUACGGCGCUGAACUUGUUCCUCCAUCGCUUGGUUCACCACAGUUCCCAACAUAUGAUGCGUUUGUUGCCAGUGAUGCUCUCAGUUGCGAGAUGCCUCUUUGCAAAUUUGAAAGAUCAUGUGGAUGUCAAGCGGAUGCUCGCUCAACACAUAAUCUGGAUCUUCAACACCGCAGGCCGCUUACACCACACUGACAUAGAAAGAGGAUUGGAGUGCUUUUCGUUACUGGCGCGGAACUGCGAAGAUGCGCAGCUUGCUGACACAUGUGUGGAAGCUUUCACAGAAGCUUGCCAUAAACAUUCACAUCGAGAACCGAUUGAAGAAACCUUUGGAGAUCUUGGACUGCACUGGCCACAAGAUCCAGAAACAUAUGCCAAUCAAGGCUGUUUGACAAUGUGACAACUACGAAUCACUAUCCUGUACUUGUGGGUCGAUGCAGCGGCUUUCAGAUUUUGCUCUUCGAAGCAGUUUCGAUCCAUGUUUCCCUUGCAGCAGAGCAUGGCCACUUCCCGAAGCCGAAGAAAGAUGUGCCAAGACAAGCUGCCGGCGAGCGCAACCUUGAGCGAGGGCCCC